CUCCGUCGACAGAUUCACACUUGAAUUGCUCUUGGCUGUGACUAGCCCCUCCGAAUGCCAAAACCCAUAGGUGCGCAUGACGUCUCGCUUGGACCUCAAGCUUGAUAGUCGGUUGAUCAUGUUUCAUGGUGAGAGGACAAGAAUUCGGCAGUUGAUUUCGUGAAGGGAAGGGAGUUUGGAUGUGAGGAAGACAGGAAAGUGAGGAAACUACGAGCUUGUGAACAAGACAAAGUUCAAACAAUGAAGACAACACAACAUGAACUGGGUAGAGACCGCAUAGGUAUAAAGCCCCUUCACCUCCUCCACCACUCAGUCACGAUCCAACCAGAGCAAACCAGCAAACUACUCCAGCAGUCCAGCUCUUCUUCUCAGCACCCAGCCAACCUCCAACAUGGCCGGACUUUCCUCCCGCCUCAUCACCCUCCUCCUCCUCUUCACCACCCUCUCCCCCACCCUCGCCGCCCCCUCCUCCGGCUGCGGCAAAGGUCCCACCCUCCGCAACGGGCAAACAGUCAACACCAACAUCAACGGCAAAUCGCGUCAAUACAGCCUCCGGGUUCCGGACAACUACAACCAAAACAACCCGUACCGCCUCAUCUUUCUGUGGCAUCCACUCGGCGGCUCCAUGCAAAAGAUUAUCCAGGGCGAAGACCCCAACCGCGGCGGUGUCCUGCCUUACUACGGCUUGCCUCCUCUCGAUACGAAUAAGAAGGCCAUCUAUGUGGUUCCGAACGGAUUGAAUGCGGGUUGGGCAAACCAAAACGGCGAAGAUGUCUCUUUCUUCGACUCCAUGCUGCAGAGUGUGAGUGAUGGGCUGUGCAUUGAUACCAACCUGGUGUUCAGCACGGGGUUCUCCUACGGCGGAGCCAUGAGUUACAGCCUGGCUUGUUCACGGGCUAGCAAAGUCCGUGCCGUUGCCGUCAUCUCUGGUGGUUUGCUCUCCGGCUGCGCGGGCGGGAAUGAUCCGGUGGCGUACUACGCGCAACACGGAACUUCCGACCAGGUGCUGAAUGUAUCCGGAGGAAGACAGUUGAGGGAUCGGUUUGUGAAGAACAAUGGAUGCCGGCCAGCAAAUGGGGAAGCACAGCCGGGCAGUGGAGGAAAGUCAACGAGGGUCGAGUAUCAGGGAUGUCAACAGGGCAAGGAUGUGGUGUGGGUUGUGCAUGGCGGAGAUCAUAAUCCGAGUCAGAAGGAUCCGGGACAGAGCCAACCGUUUGCGCCGGGGAAUACUUGGGAGUUCUUUAGCAGGUUCAAUUAAGGAUGUGUGGUCAAGGGGACAGUCUUGAGAGGGCAGGUGGAAGGAGCAAAAGGGUGAUGAUGUGGGUUGGGGACGAAGAAGCAGGAGGAGGAAGGAGCUUUGAAUGAAAACAAGGCGGUAGGGGAAUCUGGAUGUCAAUGCAAUGGAGACUGCCUACAUAAAACUUUCUGAGAAAGAGACACUCUUCAAGAAUUGUCUCCAUGUGAACGGAGAAAGAUGCGCGCGUGAAGGAGGAGUGUCCGGGUGUAAUGUGGUCAAAGCCAAGAGCAUUUACAAUGAAGGCAAACGACCAUCAG